AUGAAUGCAACCUGGUUCAAGAGGAAGACUGAUGGCCCAAGACCAACAGAGGCCUCAUCAGCGGAAACGUGUGGUGUCCGCAAAGCGCCGGCGCUGCGAUACGAUCUUCGACCCACCGAAAAAAACGUUGGAAGCCGCUGUCUAGUGCGAGCGAUGCGCGAAGUGGGAGAACUCGAGGAGAGGGAAGGGCGAGCUCGGGCCGUCCAGAGUCAAGACUCCAUUGUCAAGCAACGUGAGGAGCUAGGCGAUGGUCAUGAUCCAUUACACUAUUCAUGGCCGGGCGCUGGUCCCUGGCGAGAAGGAAGAAUCUCUCUUGACCCCUUUAGAAGUUCUCAGCAAUCUUGGUCCACCCAAAUCGUUGAUCUCCGACGUGAUCUCCAGAAGUUUAGGUUGGUCCAUGCUGGUGGACAUGACGGUGGGGAGGAUUUCGGGUUUCAUCCGAGGAUUUGCGGUUGCAGCUGCAGCCCCCAAGUUUGAUUAUCGUUGAAGUGCGAGUUUGGACGGAGAGACAAAGAUGGGACUGAGACACAUGAGACGAUUGUGUCCGGGUUGUGUUGCUGCUGGUUACCAUCGACGGCCCGUUCAAACUUCACGAUGGAUGAUGG